GUCACAUUGAAGCUGGAAGUGACUUUGAAGAUCUCGUUUUCUUAUCCCUCUGUGUCGUGACUGCAGCCCGCCGCCGGAUUUACUAUCAACAUCGUUUUGUUUUGUUUUUUGAUUUUUGCGUUAAAACACCCGAGAGUUCAACAUGCCUCGGUCAUUCCUCGUGAAGAAGUAUUAUUCAAACAAGAAGCCUCACCACAGGGAGACUCACCUGGAGAGCCAGACCGCUUUUGUCCCUGAAAGUUUUCCCCGGGCUGAACUUCCAACGCAGAACAACAGCUCUGCCCUGACCUGCUAUCCCAGCAGCCCCUUCUUCAGCAGCAGCAGCAGCAGCAUGGACCCACUGCCCGCACCUCUCUCCCCAGUCACCCCGGUCUCCCUGCCCCCGUCACCACUGGGUCCUCUGGACCUCAGCAGCUCGCCCUGCAGCAGCAGCAGCAGCAGCAGCAGUGGUGAGGACGAGGAGGACAGUGGCCGCAGUUCGGAUCCCCCCAGCCCGGACGUCAUGCAGCACCUCUACCACUGCCUCCACUGCAGUAAGAGCUACACCAGCCUCUCUGCACUGUCCCACCACCAGCUCUCCCACUGUGCCCCUCCCUCCCUGCCCGCCGAGGUGUCCGCACGCCCGGCCUUCCACUGCAAACACUGCCCAAAGGAGUACAACAGCCUGGGGGCGCUGAAGAUGCACAUCCGCUCGCACACGCUGCCGUGCGUGUGCCCCACCUGUGGCAAGGCCUUCUCCAGACCGUGGCUGCUCCGAGGACACAUCCGCACACACACAGGUGAGCGUCCCUUCGCCUGCCAGCACUGUAACCGGGCGUUCGCCGACCGCUCCAACCUGCGCGCCCACCUGCAGACCCACUCCGAGGUGAAGAAGUACCAGUGCGGCUCCUGCUCGCGCACCUUCAGCCGCAUGUCGCUGCUGCACAAACACAGCGUCUCUCGAUGCUGCUCCGCGUCGUAAAGACACACAUUCCCCCGGACUGCUGCUCCUUGGAGCUGCUUUGCUGACUCUGAUCCGCUGCCC